UACACCCUGGAAAAAUAUGAGGAACAAUCAGUCCCCAACAGGUGGAAAACUACCAGAUGUCACUGUUACAGACUGCUCACGGGAUGAGGAUUUUUGCUCAAGUUUCAAAAGAGAUAUGAUUUGAUGCUUCUGACUUAUAUUUGGGAGAAAAUACCUACAAUGCAUGUCAUGUAUCUGAAAAAACUUGACAGUUAAGGCCUCUUUCUAUAGCACUGAUCACAGAUCAAAUGGUUUAAAAAAGUGAAAACACCAAAAUUGAACUGAUCAAACAAAGGAAAUGUUGACAGAUCACGAAGAAGAUGUUAUAACAAAGACACUGGAAGGUCAGCUGGUGGAUUUACCUUCUCAGUCUUCUGGAGCAGUCAAAAUAUUUAUUUGCUGCACCCAAUCUGACUUUCAGUUGGAAAGGUGCAUUUUGUGGGAAAUAGUUUUACCAGAGCUGCAGCAGUACUGUUCCCAGCAUGGCUUGGAUGUAGAACUGGUUGACCCCCUGCAUGGCACUUAUGUGGACCCCAGCUAUGACAGAUCUCUGUUUGAUCUCUGCAUGUUGGAGCUAGAAGACUGUCAUAGAAUAUCACAAGGACCUUUCUUUUUGUGUUUAACUGGAAACAAAUAUGGUCCAACGCCACUACCUGCAUAUAUUAAAGCAGAAGAUUUUGAUAUUAUCUCUGCCAAAGCAUGUGAAGCUGGAAAAGAUAUGUGCUUGCUCAAUUCAUGGUAUAUAAAGGAUGAUGUACUAAGGCCUACAGUGUACAGAUUGAAAGAUCCAAGGGAGAAGCUCAAGUAUUAUGAUUGCAGAAAUCCAGAAAUGCAGGGCUUGAGAGAGCGUGAUCAGUUAGACUGGUUGGAGACAUUCAAGGAACUCCAGGAAAUCCUACAGACAUCACUAGAGGUUGCAUCUGCUGAGGGUCCUCAGAGUAAAGAUCUGAGUGAAUACUACACAGGAGGCAAGUAG